AGCAGCCUUUUACAACACAGACAGCGUGAAGAUGGAGUACAGCACACCCGCCCGUUUCCACGGCUCUAUAACACAGUUUAAAGUGUACGAAGACUAUCUAGACUCCAGAGUCACACCGAUGGAUUUAUUUUACUUAAAAAGCAGGGAGUUGGCCCGUAAGCUGGUAGAGCACGGCCACAAGGGCACGGUCCUGAGCAGGGAGGAAUUUGAGGAGAAGAAAGCAGCUGCACAGGCUGCAGAGGCCGCGAAGAGCAACACUUUCUACAACAGGAGCCGGCCAGUGACACUGGCAAGUGCAGGAAAAGAACUCAAAGAUUACUUCCUGAAAGCCCUGGCAGAGCGAGAGGAGGCCAACCGCAGUGGGAAAAUGACUUCGGUCAUUUUCAUAAGGGAUCAUAAUACCCUUGGACAGGAAGUAUCUGGCUAUAUAGACUACGCCCACAGACUCAAGACCCAAGAUUUUGAACCAUAUUUCAGCGGAAAGAAGAGACUCAUGCCAGGACGCUCGGAUUUAUGCCACAAAGAACACAGAGCAGUGACACCAGCGCCAGCUCCGGCCACCACCUCCCACCUCCAGCAAGGAAGGGUGGAUAGGUUCACGUACACAGUCUGCAAUGUCUUGAGCGGAAAAAAAGAGCACUACUACAAUUGGAAGACACAGGUGUCCACGUCCAACUCAAGCCCUAACUUUGAAGUGAUUUAUGACAACCCGAACGGCCUUCUCUUUAAGAACAAGAGGGACAAAAAGAUCCUAAAUGUGGACCCCUUGUCUGGUCCUGGUGAGGACUCCAACAGGACGUUCCUACAAUCGGACGUCUAUAUCCAUGUGGUCAUCUACGACCACAACAUCAGGACAGUCUAAGUUCCAGAGGCUGCUGCUGACACAUUUAUACAUAUGGCACAUAUUGAAGAUCACUGGAAGCCUCUAAUUUGACUGAGUUGCUGUAGUUGCACCAUCAUUUACAAACUGUUCCCCUUCAUAUCAUGCGUGCCAUCUGGGUGGAGGUGCUGCAGUGAAAAAAUCUCUAAACUGAGGAUUCCCAGAGGAUGAAGUGGAUGGACUUGUGUGACAACAUGGACAUUUCCUUGCAAAUAACCUGAGAAAAUAUAACUUUUUGUGACAUGAUACAGCUCAGUUUGUUUGGCAUUCCCCAAGCAGCAGUCUUAUUUAGGGACAGAAACCUGCUCAGGGACCCCGGGCCCUUGUCCCGUCGUUUGGCACGGCAUGUUUUAGGCUGUUUGUCUAAACAAAUUAAAGGCGUAAGAGCUUUGAAAGAUGAUGGGGGUUGCUUUUAUGUCUUUCCCCAGGCUGCGGUAGCUCCAAUUGGACUGGAAGAAUGGAUAAUGGGCUUAAAGCAUUCCGCAUGUUCCCAAAUGCAAGGCACACUUUACAGGACAUCAAAGUGCUCUAUCAUUUACAUAUUAGUCAUUCACUAUGACAUUUUUUAAUGGAAGACAACUCUACAAAUAACCUGCUGUAAGAAUUAUUUAGGAAGUUCCGAAGACUUUUAGCAACUUGCUCCCUUUUAAUUUCUGUAUUUAAUUUUAUUUAGCAUAUGUUAAUGAAACACAUGGUAAGGAUCAGUCUCACCACAAGAAACAUUAUCUACUAUGUCUAUAAGUUAACAAAUUACAGGGUCUUUGUUAUUUGUUCAUUAAUUUGUUGUCUAUAGACUCUGCAGACACACAGUUAAGUGGGGCCGACUUUUUCCAUUUAGUCACAAAGAUACAUCCUGCCUGCAAAUGUACAGUUGCAACCAUGGAGUACAAUAUCCACUUUUAUACAUACUGUACAUCAACGUUUGACUCAGCAAUGCACUUUUCCCCCCAUCCUUUUAAUUGCUCCCCAAAGUGCUGUUGAAUGAAAAUGUAAAAUAUAGGUAUUCAACGUGGAUGUACUUUAUAUCAACAAGAAUGUAGGUUUUUUGAGGACAUCAUAACAAAAUCUCAUUUGACUGGAAAAAGAAUUGUCUUUAAAAGAAUAAUUUGACAUUUUGUGACAAAUUUGAUUAUUUGCUUUCUGAGAGUUAGUUGAGAAGAGACCUCUCUCAUGUCUCUAUGGCAAAUACGAAACUACAGCCAGCAGCUGGUUAGCUUAGCUUAGCAUAAGGACUGGAAACAGCGAAACAGCUAGACUCUCCAAAGGUAACAAAAUCUGCCUAUCGACACCCCUGAAGCUCACUAAUUAUCAAUGUUAUAAACAAAAAAAGCUGUGUUUUACAGGGGUUUGUGCCAGACUAUUUCUUGGCUGGGAGCAGAGAGAGUGAGAGAGUGGAGUAUGUGUUUUUUACCUUUGGACAGAGCCAGGCUAGCUUUUUCCCUUUGCUUCCCGUGGAAUACAUUUUUUUCAUCUAACUCUUGGCAAGAAUGCAAAUCUGCAUUUCCCAACAUGUUGAACUAUUCCUAUAAACUGACAUAGUGGCCGUCAUACUUAACAUGCCCUUGUACUCAUUUCUCCUGUAUCCACUAGGCUGAAAUGUAUUUCUGAAAUGUACAAGGUUUAAACCAAGUAGGUGCUUUUACCAUGUACAUCUCAUGUCGUCAUCUACCCUGAGACCAGAGCAGACUUCCACUGCGUGCAUCUGACUGACUUGGGCCCUGCUGGCCUCAUUGAAACAAUACGUGUGGUGACAUGUUCUGGUUCUGUAAAAGCAGGGGUCUGGAGAGUGGAGUCGGGAGUUUUGGGUUUUCUUAGUCAGUGUAUUCCGGUUGGUUGGUUGUUUGUUCAUAAGAAGAUGUUUCUGUUUUGGAAUAAUGAUGAACAAAGUUUUUAAAAGUCUUAAGGAACAAUGUGAUUGACUGGGUUCUCUUUUAAGCUUUUCGUGUUAUAAUGGCUUUUAAAGAACUGGUUUGUCUUUGUUGUUUCAUUCAUUGUUUCAACAAAACCAACUGGACUAACAAGGAUGAGACAUACAUUCAAAUUUGUCAGAAGGACUGUGUUGGGAAUGUCAUUCCCUUUUUGACCUCUUUCUAAAAGGCCAGAUUUAACCUCGGGGUGAGGGCCUGUCGCAAUCGACGAACCGUCUACCUGACUAUCUCACUAUCUGCCCUGCUUGGUUUUGUUUUUGUGUUGCAAGAUCCUCAAACUGGCCGUCUGGCAAAUUAACAUUUCAACAUCACCUACAGCUGUUUAGGAUAACUGGCUGCAGCUCAUGCAUGUGUCCCUGAAAGUGGCAUCAGCCCACCAAUCAAAACAGCAGAUGUGCACAUGAAUGAAAAAUACACAAUUUAAUUGAGAUACAAACAAGCAUAACUCAUGAAAUUCACAGGCUACUUUCCAUGUGCCUUAGACCAAACCUCACAAAAACAAGUUGCUAGAACUCACCCCGACAGAUCAUGUGUCUGUCAAUGGUAAUGAUUUCACAAUAAAGUCUCAUUUAAAUGGUUA